UUUGUGUACUUUUUUUGCUCAAAAUUUCAUUUUGGAUGUAUAUCAUCAAUUGACCCGUCUCUCGGCCAAACCUCACGACGUAUGACCUGACACCAAUCAAUUAGGAGGGAGCUUCUGUAAACCGGCUUUGUAGCUACCUCUCUAGAAGAAAUUAAUAGAGCGAUCUGGUCUCGACUCUCCCGAGACUAAAGAAGUAGACGACAGUUGACCCUAAACCACCCUACCACCAGUCAGGCUUCGGUUCUCUGCUGGAGACACUUUUACUUACGCAGUACUCUCUUCCCAUCCUCACCUCACCAUACCUGUCGUGAAGACUAGGGAAGAGGAGUAUUGGGGUAUUCUGGAAGAUCUGUAUGGAAGCACCCCUGGACGGAGUCCUCACAUGCCCGUGCUUAGGGGUUACAGGUUGACAUCUCUUCGUUUGUUUUGUUCCACCCAAAGCGGAUUCUCUCUCGAUCACAGUGCCGGGUAUUGUUAUUCUUGCUUCAUUGCGUUAUUGGCAAUCGCCACCACCAAUAAUGAUAGCCCCAUUCUGAAAAUUCAGAACAUGUGUGUUUCAUCCUUCAUUGGGUUAGACGCGGACAAAAAGCCAAGGGUUUCGAACACUUUUUUGGGGUCUUGAAAAGAAAGGAGGAUGGAUGGCCUAGACGAUCCGCCCCUGAUUCUGCGCCGUCCAGUAGCUUCUCCAGCACCACGCGAGAAAUGGAUAGAAACACCAUCCAGGUUCCAAAGCAAGCCCUAGCGGAUCCAUUAGA